GCAUAAAGGUUGCAGAUGUGCUCAAUUUCAGACUUCUUACGAAGAUCACAUCUUUCUGGAAUUUCUUCAAAUACUCUUUCCUUGAAUGAAAAACUGCAGAUAUGACCCUCAAUGAAUGAAGUAAAAUGAAAAAAUUCAUUCCGAGUUCUUUUUGGCCGGUUUCUUCUAAUCAAAGGAAACAGUUCGAAUGUUUAUGUCGUAUCCAUUCGAACAUUUCUUUCCAAUGAUUAACUUUUCUCGGUAGUAUAUUUUACAGUGAGUGGGACUGAUUUUUCUUCUUUGUUUCCCCUCAUUUAUCGAAAGAGGAGGAAUUUCAGUUGAGGAUUCAUUCUGUGUUUCUUGUGUCUGCACUAAUGGGUUUGGAUUCGUUUCCUUUCAACUUCGCAAUUAGUUUUAUAGUGUGUGUGUUUCUUUUUGUGCCAGUUUUGGGAGAAGAAGAAAAAGAUAGCGAAGAAACUGUUUCCAGUGUCCUUGGUAUCACCGGUAGUAAAGUAGCCUUACCAUGUAACAUCACCCCUCCUGUGACGGAUGACGCAGUUGCGCUCAUCUUAUGGUAUAAGGAUGAUAUUACAAAGCCCAUCUAUAGUGUUGAUGCAAGGAAAACGAACAUCGAACAAGCAAGACACGUGACAGGCGAUGCAGUUUCUAGUAGAGUUAGCCUCAGCCUUGAUGAUCACCCAUCAAUGCUGUACUUGGAAUAUUUAACAGAGGAAGAUGAAGGUGAAUAUCGAUGUAGAGUUGAUUUUCGGAGAUCGAGAAGUAGAAAUGCGAUCGUUUUUUUACAACUUGUAGUUCCACCCAAGAAACCAAUCAUAACUGAUCAUAAUGGGGAAAUUCUUGAGAGCUUAAUUGGACCAUAUAAUGAAGGCGAUAAUCUUCAUUUAAUUUGUGAAGCUGAAGAAGGUAAGCAUAUCUUGAAAUUUAUAGCUAACACCUAG